CACGCGUCGUACCCUUCCGCAGCUUCCCGCCUCCUCCGGACGCACGUGGGUAAAGAGUCCCGGCUCCGCCCCGGCACGCCGCACCUGCGCUCGGCAGCCGCCCGCAAGUUUCCUGGGAGAGCGCGACGGGCGCCACGGCUGAGGGGACCGAGCGCCCCGCGGCGCUUCGCCACCCGCCUCGGCCAGGCUGGCCCCGCAGUCUCCGCCCGCCGGGGAGGGCAUGCUUAGCUGCUUAGCGGAGGGGGAGCUGAGGGUGGGGCGCCGGGAGGGGAUCCCGGGCGCGCCGCUACAGUCUCGCGGCGGCGGUAGCGGCAGCAGCAGGUGGAGCGACGUCCGCUUGGCCUGAGACCCGCCGCUCUAGCCACUCGGGCGGCAGGCGACCCUCCGGGCCGGAGUCUGUGUCAGCACCGAUUCUAUCCCUCAGUUCCCUGGCACUUGGGUUACCGAGGCCGGCGGGCCCGCGGCGGCGGUUGGAACCGGGACCCGUCGCUCCUCUGAGCGCACAGCUGCGUGGCAAGCCGCGUCGGGCGCGCAGGACCUACGGCACUGGCACUCUCUGCUACCUGAAGAGCGGUCCUCCCGUGAGGAAGCCGCCCCUGCCUCUGGGACUCGGGAGGCUCUCGGAGCCCGCCGGACACCUCGCCCGACGCCCUCGGUUUGUGGCCGGGGCGGGGGCGCGCUCGCCUCUCGGCUUCAGCUUGGACGCGCGCAGACAGCGCGGGGCUCUGUCCUGGGGACUCCGGAGGGCCGGGACCUUCUUCCCUGAUCCUCGCAUCCUUCGCCGCGCUACUCUCUAGCGGGCUGUCUUCGGCCCACCCGUCUGAAGGUGUGCCCUGUUGAUUUGGUUUCUUCUUCGGUCUGGGGACAGUUCAUGCCAGCGUCCGUCGCCGAACCUUUCUCUGUCUUGGCGGGCGGGCCAGGUCCGCGCUCCUAUUCGCUGCUGCCCCGAGCGUGUCUCCCCGGCCCGCGGGGUCUCCGAGUUGCUGACCUGGAGGGGCGCACGCAGACCCGGCUGCUUGUUGGCCCCGGUGUGAGGGAGCGCGGCCCUGGAGGAGAGGUGGGCGUCCCGGGCGCUUCUUGGUGUGCUGUGGGAUCGGGGUCUGCCAGCCAUGGCCUUCACUUUCGCUGCUUUUUGCUACAUGCUGUCGCUGGUGCUGUGCGCGGCGCUCAUCUUCUUCGCCAUCUGGCACAUAAUUGCCUUUGAUGAGCUAAGGACAGAUUUUAAGAGCCCCAUAGACCAGUGUAAUCCUGUUCACGCGAGGGAGCGGCUGAGGAACAUUGAGCGCAUCUGCUUCCUUCUGCGAAAGCUGGUACUUCCGGAAUACUCCAUCCACAGCCUCUUCUGCAUCAUGUUCCUGUGUGCACAGGAGUGGCUCACCCUGGGGCUGAAUGUCCCGCUGCUUUUCUAUCACUUCUGGAGGUAUUUCCACUGUCCUGCAGACAGCUCGGAACUCGCCUACGACCCACCGGUGGUCAUGAAUGCGGACACCCUAAGCUACUGUCAGAAGGAGGCCUGGUGCAAGCUGGCUUUCUAUCUUCUCUCCUUCUUCUACUACCUUUACUGCAUGAUCUACACUCUAGUGAGCUCCUAACUCAAAACCACACACUCAACUCAUCAGAGACUGAGAUGGGCCAAGCCAGAAAGUUCACUUCUGUGAGUAACAUCAGAGCGGGAACCAGAGUGGGCGCGUGUGGGCAAGAGGCCACACAAGUAUGACUGAUCAGGUGUCAGAAGCGUGCAGCACCUGGGAGUGGAGCUACCCUGCGGAUCUGGUGUUGCCCCCGUCCCAAUCUGUAGUGGUGUUCAGAUCCCACACCUGGGGGUUGUACUGCGUGGGGAGGAGGUGACAAAAUCCUGUCAUCAGAGAGUGCUGCUUCCAGGAUCCACUUCAACCAACCCCCACCUGUGAGUCCAACGCUGAGUUCUUGAACUACGGGAGUGGGGACCAUGGAAGGAUGAGUGGUGCUUGC